UGUAAAGAUUCAUUGUGUGAUGCUGUUAGUGGCACCUGUGAAUUUUGUACAUCUGGAUACUUUGGAAGUAUCUGUACCAACGUGUGUUCCAAAAAUUGUAAAGAUUACAUUUGCGAAAUCAACUCUGGGAACUGUUCUAACUGCAAAUCUGGUUUCUAUGGCGCUAAUUGUACGUCAUCUUGUCCUACCAACUGUAAAAAUUCAAUCUGUGAGAUCAACUAUGGUAUAUGUAUAGGAUGUAAUGUUGGCUACCGAGGUGAUAAGUGUGAUGAAGGUUAGUAAAUUUAUGUUAAUUGAUAAAUAAUAUAUUUUACAUCAAGCAAUGUGAAUUAACAUAUUAAAGUCCAAGGUUCAAUGGAUCACAUUGUAUAAAAAUUAAAUUAAAUAAUUCGUGCUAAUAUUCAGUAACGAUUGGAAAAACGAAACAAAACAUUUGAAGACAAAAUAAUAUGAAAUGUAACUAUUGAGAAUGAAAUUAAUUGGUUAGAUUACAACAUGUGUAAUUACAAUUUGGAGUUAAGAGAAGAAUUAAUCGAUUCUUUUAAAACAUUUCUCAAGGUGUUUUUAUAACGCAUGUCUGUAAAUCAAAUCAUUACCUAUAUCUACACAUCAUUAGAUUUAGUCAAAGUAGCACAACUAAUAUGCUUAAGCAUUUUACAUGUAAGGCUUUUACAUCUAUGACUUCGAAAAUUUGCUGACGAUGCAGACAAUGUAAAAGAAUAAAAAUCCCCUGGCAGACAAUGUCGGUUUCAGGGUGAGGACGAUUCAUAUUAAAUUGUUUGUAUAUACAUAUCUCAACAAAAAUUUGGCAACUGCAAAGUCAUCGACAAAACGAUUUACAAUGCUAUAGAAUGAAUGGCUAAUGUAAAAGUAUUUCAAGUUAUACUAACAUGUCUCGAUUGUAAUGUAUUUAUCUUGACCUUGCCAAUUGACUUGCAAUGAUGUUGUGCAAGGAUUUUACAGCUGAAUAAAACAUUUUAAAAAAUCACCAGCUGCAAUACCCUCCCUGUUCCCGUUCUUCUUUGGCUCCUAAGAUGUUAAAUGAAAUUUAAAAAAAAAAAAAAUUCUGAAAAGACUGAAAGAAAAAUACAAUUCUCCAUUAACAUCAUCAAUAUUUGUUUUCCCACGAAUGAAAAUAAAUAGAAAAGUUCACAAUAAGUGUUAAGUUCUGACACAGUUACGGGGUGCAAGGAUGACACAACUCUGAAAAAAAUCAGGAUUUGAAAAGUUUGUAUGGAUACUGGGAUACAAUUUUACAGUAAAAGCCUUUUGUUUUUAACAAUUGCUCAAUUUUUAAACUGUUGAGACGUGUAAUUACCUCUCUGUGAAUAUUUUCUGCACGGAAGUGAAGAAGUUUUUUUUUUUUUAAGCAAAUAAAUUUUGCCAACUGAUCCAUUAGAUAAAGAUUUGCAAUUUCUACUGUUUAGUUGAGUUUGAGUUAUUUUAUUGAAAUAUUAUAUUCUAAUGAAACCUGUUUAGCUCAUCAUCAGGAGCACCUUGAAAAAUAAUUUUGCAAUGCCUAACGAAAUUUGCCAGAGACAACCACUGUAACAUGUUUUACCAGUCGUUGAUUUUCCUUGAAGUCUUGUAGAAUUUUGUCAUUUGCAUUAUAGACAGUCUAAUGACUUGUGGAUAAUCAUAUAUUACAUUAACAGCGUGCUCAUUAUUUAAUCUUCCACCCAACUGAGCACAGCAUGAUUCCAAAAUCUGCAAUAUUCUAAAACGGAACUGGUCAGGGCAUUGUGGUGAAACCAUCAAUAUAAAACUGGUAUAGCCCUUUUAAAACAAGACCCUUGUCAUAUAGAAGAAAAAGUCUUAGUCAUUAUUGAUUCCAAUACAAAACAAAGAUGAAGCUUUGGCUAGUUUUUUAAUUAAAUUUUCCAAAAAGGAAUUAUUACCAAGUGCGAGGUUUUAAAGUAGAAGCCGCAAGUUUAACCUGCUUCCAGUUGUGAUGAAAUUUUAUUCAGGUUGCUGUCAAAGUGCAAGCUCAAGGUUUAAAACACUUUCAUGAAAAUUUAUGGAGAAAAUGGUCUAGGCUAACUUUUUUGAGAAUUGCAACACAAUUUCAAGAAUCUAAUUUGUUUGCAAAUAAGUAUAAAAUGUAGUGAUUCGGUAACGCUUCCCCUUGAGAUCAGGCUUGAUGAAGUAACUUUGUAGUGUCAUUAGAUAAAUAACGUAACAGAAUAUUUUUUAUCUUACACAAAUUAAAACAUACGAAGCAUUGCAUGUCUUGAAAUGUCUUUAACAGGGUAUUUCAAUUACCAUAUUUUGCAAUGCUGAAAUUUAGACAAGUCUUUUAGAGCAAUCUUAAUGUUUUUUGUUUAAUAAAAACUGUUCUUUUAUUUUUUGAACGUUUUUAUUCUGAUAAAGAUUUCACAUAUUUAGUAACCAUUUUGAUUUUUGGUUUCCUCAGUAGUAACAUCAAAUACCGGUACAUUAAGUAAUGGUGACGAUAACCAGACGACAGUUAUAGGAGCAGUGGUCGGUUCUAUCUGUGGACUUGUUGCUUUGCUAGUUCUUGGCACAGUUUUCUUCUUUUGGAGGUAAGACAAUAUAGUAGAUUUCACGAUAUAAUGAAAUCAGACUUAAGACAUUCUCAAAUGUUAACGAAUUUAAUUAUAUUGAUGUACAGUAUGUGACAAAGUUGUACCAUUUAAACUCCCGCAUCUCUAUCACGUGUAUGUGUAUCUCAAUUGCUCAUCUAGCUGCCACGUAUUCCUAAAAUUGAAAAUGGUGAUUUGUUCGGCAGUUGUUAUUGGCUAUGUGUCUCUUAAAUGUGUUAACUAAAAAUAUUCAUCGCUGGCAUUUAUUUUCGCUCUUUUGUAAGUAGUUGUGAAAGGAAAAAUAUUUGAAAAGGAAGCCAGGACAAUUUCGACUUAGAUUUACGAAGACAGCAUCAAGUAGUACGUGUUUCAAGUGCAAUCUUUUCAGUGCUGUUACUUUUGGGGUAUACUGUACUAGGUGAUACUAACCAACCGUUAGAUAUUUUCCGAACUUACCAAGGUAUUAAUAGAUUAAUAAAAGGAAAAGGAUUUAUUAAGCCUGAAAUAUAAAACACAACAAUUUCAAAGACAUUAAGCUGAAAACUUUUCUUCAAAUAAAAGAUAUUUCCAUUUGGUAUUGACCAAUUAAAUUAUUUUCAGUGAUUUUCAAUUUCAUUCCAUUGUUAUGAUUACAUUUUGAAAGUUGGGACUUCCAAUAAACCAUACAACCUGUAACCAUUUUUGAUACAAAUGCAAUAACCUCAGCUGCUUUAUCUUAGUUGAUAUCGAGUGACGUUAACUAAUAAUUUUGCACAUGCUCCAUUCUCAUGAAAUAAUAAAUUCGUAUUUUCUUUCAUCAAUUAUUUAUUUUCUAAAACACAUAAUAAUGAAAUAAUAUAAAAUUUUGAUGCACUUGUGAUUCUGAUUAGAAUAUUAAUGAAAUAUAUUUUGGAAUAAAUCAAUUUCCCUUUAGAAAUAGCAUGUCAAGUCACUAAUACAUUAGAUUUGUUCUCUUAUACUCUACAACAUGUGAUCACUCGUGAGAAAAAGUCUUCUUAAAUGCUUUUCCAUGCUAUCAAUUAUGGCCAUUAAUAAAGUUCCUUACUACCUAUGAUUCUUUACGCGCAUUUCUAAUGCUCUACAUGCACACGGAGUCGCAUUCAUGACGAUACUGAUGACACAAGAAGCAUCGAUGUAAUGGGAUGCCCAUGGUCUAAGCAUUAAUACAGCAACUUUCCGACCAAGAAUAAGUAAAUACAUACAAAAGUAAUAUUAAUAAAGGAAAUUUACAAUUUAAGCCUUCUAACAUGCCACUGGAGAAAGUCAAAGUAUAGAUCUAAAUAUCAUGAUGGGAGAUUAAAAGAUUUGACAAUAAAACAGUUCUUCAAUCAACAAAUUCCUGAUACCCUGGCUGAGUAGCCAUUGCAACCAAUUGAAAUAUUCUUUUUUUAUCUCGCGAAUCCUUUAUAUGCAUGUCGAAUCACGGAUGCCUUUAAAGGGGAAUCAGUCAAGGAUAUCUUUAUCCCCCUCCCCCUUUCUAUUCAUGGGGCCCAUUGACUCAUUCUCCCGUUUUGUUUCACAAAUUCAGCAUGCACCCCAGGGGGUGGAGGGGAGCAUUUUGAAGAUUAUAGGAGACAAUUGAUUUCCGGAGAAAUGAAUUAAAAUUGUUAAAUGGAUAGUUUCAAACUUUCAUGGGGUUAUUAAAACUUUCUUGUGCACAGGUAAAGAAUGGGCCAAAAAUGUUCAGUAUCAAUUUAUUAAAAGAGCACUGUUUUACAAUGAACUACCUGGUUUUUUUAAGUCUUUUAUGUGCCUGAUAUAAUUGUUCAUUAGUUCUAAUCCUCAGAUCACUAUUUACUUUCUGACAGCUACAGCUAUUUACUAUCAUCUUCCUCGUACAAUGAAUCUUGCAAGGAGUACUAUUCCUUUUCUUAACCACUUCUUCUAAGUCGAUUUUGUCAAUUUGAUUAUAGAGGUUGGGACAAUGAACUCGAGUUAAUUGAUCGGAAACAGGCUUUUAAUCAGCCCUUCGUUUGGUUAAAAAUAUAAUGUCUUGUCGGCAGUGACAGAGAAGAAAGGACUAUAUUUUUACCUAUCGUCCACAUAAUCUUUCAGUCAAAUGUGUGUGUUUUCUUGAAAGGGCAUGCAUUCCCUCAGAAGUCCCUGACAUCUACAGCAUUUUCUCAAAUCUCAUCCCUCUCCUUGUGUUCAAAAUUGGAAAGAAUUUUCGCGAACUCCAUUUUCGUUGUCAAAAUUGCAUAACCCAUAUCUCGUUUGGAAUAAGCCAUAUGGAAGCAGCCGUUGCUAAAGUCAGAACGUGACCAUUCUAAAGGGCAGUUUUAAGAUAUUGAACUGUAUCUUUUGCACAUCCUGUAAUUUUUUCUACAUCUUUAUUUGUACCAGCUGCAAUUUGGCGUGCAUUUUAAAGAUUUGUCUGCGACUUUUAUUCAGAUGCACUAAACAUUUUCGCAAAAUAGCGCAAGUAAUUAUUAAUAAUUUCCUGUCUUUCUUUAAUAGUAACGAGCACAAAGCUUUCUCAUACUAUCGUUUUCUCUACAACAUGCCCGCCAGAGUGAAUAUGGAAAACAUUUUUUUUUCUUCGCACUCAACAUUUUGCAACUAAAUGGCAUGGACCACCUUUUUUAGUCUCUCCCCCUUUCCUUUUAUUAAUUUCCUUAACUCAUACUAGUUAUUUACCCAUGUCUUGCUGGGAUACCACAUGUAAACUAAGUUAAUGUUUAAUUUUUUUUUCUUUUUCUGUGCAUUUUACUGACGAAGGCUUCAUAUUGACACAUUCGUUGUUUUUAUGUGUGCCUUUAUUAAGGGUUCCGUUACUUUGUUGUAAAUAUCACUACAGACCAUCUCUAAUUUACCACAAAUUAGAUACGUGUAAUAUUAAUUAAUCAAAUACGUAUGCAACAGCAAAUAACUUUAAAGUAAAUAACGGCUUAAAACCAUUAGUUAAAUAUCAUUAAACAUUGAGUCAUCUUGCAUGUACGUGUUAAUUACUUCUAAUCUUUUACGCAUUAUAAAUUUCAACGCACAGUGUGCCCCAUUUAAUUUUCUCUAUGAUCCAUCUUCUUAACCGACUAUACUACUUUUCCUUCACCAUAUUCUUGCGCUUAUUUACAGACGGCAUAAAAGAUCCGAUCAAAGACCAGGGCGACAAAGCACAAAUGUAGACAAUCAAGUUAUUGAAGCUGAUUCCUCAGAUCACGUGACUUCUUUGCCAACACUAGAAAAUGAAGAAAUUAAAGUAUCUGGUAGGUAUAAUCUAGUUAUCACUCAAAAAAAAAAAAAAAACUUGGAUCAAGUUCAACAAUUAGGUUACAAUAUUGAUUUGUUGUUCUUUUUUGAAUUACGCAAGUUUCUACUAUCCUGGUUUGAAACCCAUGGGUCGUCACCCAUAUAGAGUUUCGGAGGAUUCUCUAAGGGGUCACCGAAUGAUACAGUUUUAAUGAUUUCUUAACGCUUUUUAAAAAUAUGUUGUUGUCUCGGAUUCCUCUGCGUCUAUGCUUAUGAUGUCAAAUCAUAAUGUUUUAGUCGCAUGCUUUCUGGAGAUAUUUAAUUCUAUAGUGACAGCUGCCUACUUGAAACAAAUUGAAUAAAGCAAGGAUUGCAAUAUCUUAUGAAAGCCGAAAGGCAGUUAUAGAUAUGUUAAAAACUACUUAAAACGAACCGCUUAGAAAACAUUGUUUAAAUAAUGAUUUCAUUUAUUCUUAUAACACAACGUGUAUAUUUUGUGGCUUCUUUCUUUUUUUUAUCUUUAAACCUGUACUUAACAAGGCGGCUCGAGAUAAAGCUUUUUGUCAAUUAAAAGAACGUCACCUUAACGUUAAAUACACUUAAAAACUUUGCCACGUUCUACUAGAUUUUAUAUCAAAUCUUUAAAAAAAAGUAUGUCCAGUCCAAACUUCUUGCUUUUAGAUAAUUAAUGUUUGUCAAAUUAUUUAUGUACCGGAAAUUUCGAAAAUUAUAAAUCCACUUUUAAAAAAUCACAUUAUCGUUGAAGGUCUUAACUAGAACUUUUUUUUCUUUAAAUUUAAAUUACUGAUCUUUGGAACAAGUUGUCAUAGUCUGAUGAAUUUAAAUAAUACAGUGAAACCUACAGUUCCUCAAAAGCCUAAAGCCUUGACAGUUGUACAUAAGAAAACCCCAGAAGAAAAGGGAACUGGAUAUUAUAACACAGUGACUCUACAGCCUGUAACGUCAUCAACAGUUAUCACGUUGUCUAAUCUACAAAGUUACCUUCUCACUCAUAGUAAAGAGUAUCUUCAUGAACAGUUUAAAGUAAGUCAAUAUCGACAUGUUGGGAAUUUGAUAAUUUUUUAUUUUUUAUAAAAAGACACCAUCAUUGCUUCAUUACAGACGCCUUUCAUUAGCAUUUUAUUGUUAACAAGUAAAAAACAAAAAGUAAGUCUGUAAAUUAAUUUUCUUUAUCAUUUUCUCAAAAUGUUUCAUUGUAAUUUUACAUUAAUGCCAAAAAAUAAUGUAAUUUCUUUUUAUGAAUUACUCGAUUAUAAUAAAAAAUAAAUAACGGUAGCUUUUAUAAAAACAAUUUUCACAAUAUAAUUUUAGAUUGCUGUCAAUAUUCAGAUAAUUUGUUUAGUCAUAGGUGUGACAUCCUAAAACGAUGAAUUAAAAUAUGGUUGUUUUCAUUUAUAGUAGACGUAUUGAAGGAAUGUUGCUUUUGAGAUUUUUAAACAUAUUUUUAUUUAUUUAUAUUUAUUUAAUUCAAGGGAAUGAGCAUUUUAAAACUGCCAGUUGGUAAAACUAAAACACAUUUUGUUAAGGAAAAUAUAUAAGAGACUGCCUUGAAGCCAUGAAAAGUAAACAAGUAGUGUAACACUAUCCUUUUAGACUUGAUACUAUAAGACCAGACAUAUAAGCCUAGAUUUAUGCAAAAUGCCUUUUUCAACACACAAUACAAUAAACACAGAUAAAUAUAAAUUUAAAAUCAAACUUACGCGUUUUUAAUAUAUGAAAUAAAGUCAAUGCAGCUCAAUGUUUGGAACACGAAGAGCUCUAUCUUAUUUUUAGAAACGGACGUUUAAUAUUUCAAAACUAAAAAAUUCCCACCAAACAUAUUUUUCUGUUGUGCGCACCAUCACAGUAAAAUAAUUUAAUUAUUAUUCCAGUUGAAAAAUAAAUUAAGUGAAUACAAAAUAGAAAGGGAGGGGAAAAAGUGAUUAAUAGUAAGUGAGUAUUUGAUUGAUUUCAUAUGGUGAUAUGGUGCAGAGAAUCUUGGUCAAUUUGUUUCAUUUCUUCACUCUCACUGGUGUAUUUGAGCAACAAAUUAGAGCCGCAAUGAAUGCAUCUUUUGUGCAAUCUUGUUUACUUUCGUUGUAAUUGGAAAAGAUUAGGGGUGAAUUGGUGUGUUUAAUAUCCUAACUUGUGAGGGCUAAGCUUAAAUGCAACUGUGGACCUGAAGGUUAUAAAGAUUUUGAUCCCACCUGAAGACAAUAAGUGAAGGGAUGAGACUUUCCUUUGAGUGUCAGGUUAACAAGGAAGUAUUUGACGAUAAUAAUAAUAUAGAGAAGUACUUUUAUUGACUUCAUUGAGAUAUUCUUAAAAAAUACAUUUCACUUUUUAAUUUAUAUGUACCGUUUGUUUAUUGUAUGGUAUAGUGUGCUGGUGAAGUCAUUUAGUUCAUAUGUCCGCUUAUUUUCAAGCCAUUACAACUCUUGUCACACUAUUUAUUUUAUUAAACAAUCAGCGCUGUUCCCGGAAAAAACAUAUUUUAGCUAGCUACAGUAGUUUUUUUCGUUCUUUAUUGGUUAUGUUUCCUGUUUUUAGGUAUAUAAACCACGUACUUUUCAGAGUUACAUGCUUUUACAUUUAAUUCCAAGCUAAUUUUAAUAUCACUUUCACAGAAUUUACCAGUCAACACAGAGGCUACAAUGAUGGUUGGCCUGAGUGCUGAAAAUAAAAACAAGAAUCGAUACAAGAAUAUUUGUACAUGUAUGUCAAAUUUCGUGAUGUAAACAUAGUAACACAACUGAAAUCCUCCAUAAAUGGAUGAAAAGGUUUUAUCAUCAAUGAUCUUAAGGGUUAUGAUUUUAAAGAAAUAGAGCUGAGAAGAUAUAAUAAAACAAUGAACAGUUCAGCUAUAGUAUACAAACACAGCAAUUUGUUUGGAGACACCAUGCAUGCCCAAAAGAAAAUCUGAAAGCUAGUUUUGAAUUUAAAAGGUGAAAGAAGGUGGAGAAAGUUGUUUUACAUCAUUGUCUACAGAAAAUUAAUGUUCGCUAUAUAGAUGAUAUAAUUGAUGCGUCGCGUUAUAGCUGUAUCAAUAUAUAAUUUAAUGGGCUAAAUUUAUACUAAAAAUAGCAAGAUGCCAAAGAUGCAGAGAUUUAAAGAGUCCUUGCCAUUUGCUUUGACACUGUAUUUAAAACUUAUAAUUAUAAGAAAGCCAUGAUAGAAGUAGGGUAAUCAUUUGUAGGAUAUAGGAUCACAUAGAGAAAAACAAUCCUAUGGAAACAAAGGGCAAACGAAUAAUAAAAAAAAAUUGAAAAGAUACAUAUCCCAUGCAUUUAAAGACGUGGCUCAUCAAAGUAACCCUUGGGCACUGCACUAUACUACUAAACGGAUGUGAUGUCACAACAAACAGAGCGAGCAUCGUCUACUGAAUACUGAGAGUUAUUAUCACUGAGGAGUGAGAGAGGUUAAAUAAGUAGAUGCAAUACUUCGAAAAUAUCUUCGAAUUGCCUCAGGAUUCAGCAUUGAUAAAUAUUCCUAAAAACAUUUUUUACUGAUGAGGUAAAAAGAGAUCAACUCAAUCAGACAAAUAGCUAGGCAGAAGUAGAGGACCAAAACUGCACACAGUCCAUACACUAUCGUUCACUAUGCAACGGAUAUUUCAUGGGAACACGUAUGAAAUCAUAUGACAACAAUGUCAAGAAUUUUCAAUGAAAAAAAAGGCCGAGUUUGUCACAUAAAAAUCAUCUCGUAAGUCACGAUUAAAAGUGUAAGAAAAAAACAUAAUUUGUAGAAAAUAUACGUGUGUAUUGGUUGAAGUAGCUUGAUAAUGUUUGUAGAAGGAAUUGCUAAACAACAAUAACAUUGACAGCCAUUGGAAAAACAACUUAAUGGAUGGCCUUGAUUUGGAACAAAUGAGAUUGGUGUAUUGAAUUUAUAUUUGAGUCAGCAAAAAUGGCAUUCCCAUUAACAUCCAAUAACCAGAUGAUAUUUAGCUGAAGCCUUAAGCAUCACUGGCCAUCCGAGAAUUGUCGUAUAUAAAGACGAUUGUUUUUUGUUUCUUUUUAAAUUCUGCAUUAGAACUGCUGACAUUUUUAUCCACAAUGUUGCUUGGGAAGUUUUUAUCUCAACCUUCUUUGAUACAGAUGUGAUUUCUCUAUUCCUUGUCUAGCAAUGGAGCCUUUAUUUUUAAGCUUAAUCUAGAUUGUGUGAGUCAUAUUUAUGAAUAAUAAUGAAAUAUGGAAUAAAGUUUUUAUGUUAAAUUAUUAUUAUAAUGCCUGUAUGUAGAACCAUAUACAUUUGAAUUGAUUAUUUCCACUUUUAUUAUAUAUUUAAAUCUAUGUUAACAUUUUUUUUUCUCAAAUUUUUAACACUUUUAUCCUAUUUUGUGGACAACGAUACAAUAGUAUUUAUUACGUACUAAGUAUUAUUCCUAUUACUAUAUACACAGACGACCAUUCGCGCGUCCACUUGGAAGCUGAUUCAACGAAGAAGCACGGAGACUACAUAAAUGCUUCUUAUUUAAAAGUAAAGAUUAUUUUUGAAGGGAUUAGAAGUGCCAAAUUACCACGAAAUAUCUAGUUAUUUGUAAAUCUAUUUGAACAAUCAGACAGGCAUUCUAAGGGUGCAGUUUCAUAUUAGCAAGUUUUUGCCAGGAUAAUUUUUUAAGACUUGUUAAAUAUGAAUAUUGUUACUUUAAAAAAAAAAAGACCUGAAUGUAAAUAUUAAAACUCCUCAUCAAUUGAUUAUUUUUUUUAAAUUAUGAGUUCUCUGGUUUCUCACCAAGACGUUUGGUUGUGCAUGAAUAUUAUUUUUUCAAGGUCCUUUUCUUUUUUUACUCGCUGUUAUAUGAACUUAAGUAAUUCCCGCAUUUAUUUAUACUUAAUUUAUUUGAUUGAUUAAUUAAAACAAUAAUAUUUCUUAGACAUCUAUAUUUAUUUAAUAACAUUAAGUUAAAUGAUGUUUGUUUAAAUUGUCUUCUUACAGGGAUAUAAGGGAGAGAAGUUUAUUGCUUCUCAAGGUAGGGGAAAUAUUAAUUACGUCAGUAUUUUAUUUCUUGAUAGAAUAUUUUUAAAAAUUAAACAUAACAUGAAUAAUUAAAGGAUGAAUUGUAGUGUUGAAAUGCGUAUAUUUUUGAAGGCAUACUUUGAAAAAAAAAUAAUGUUUAAAUUAACUAUAUAAAUGUGUUUUCUCUUAUCUCAUUAGGACCAAACAAGAUUAUAUUGAAUGACUUCAUUAGAAUGAUUUGGGAGCAAAAAAUUGAAAAAGUUGUCAUGUUGACCAAUCUUAUUGAAGAUGGAAAAGUAAGCUUUGUUUUUAUCGCUAUAGUAUUUUAAAUUAACGAAAUCUUAUUCAAACAACAUUCCAGGACAUGACUUCUUAACCUUCAUUAAACUAAACGCAUAUGGACAAAUGGAACAAUUCUUUUAGCAACACAUUUUAAAAAAAAAAAAUUAUUUCAAAUAGGCUGUGGAGUUAAAACAAGAUCAAUGAACCUUGUACAAGAACUUAUUUAAGUGCCGAGUCUAGACGAAUAGAGUAACUUUUAAUAGUGCUUACAUUAUCACUAAAAAUGAAAAAAUGGAAACACAUUCUAUUAGACAGUAUGGAGAAACUAGCGAUUAUUUCUCAGAAUAUAUGUCCGUGAUAAUUUAAUAAUUGCAUUUUAAUAUAUUUCUUUGGAUUUGUAUUAAGGGAACAUGAGGGUAAAAAACAUAAAAGUAUGAGUGUAAUUAAAAUAAUUAUACAAUAUGUUGAGUUAUAAAUAUAUGAUUUAGUGCCUAACAGACUUGCAUUUAGUAAUUAAAAACCAACAAAUGCAUAUUUAUAAGAUAUCUGUAAAUUAGUUUUAAAAAGAUUUAAAUAUGCCUGACAUGUUUAUGUGUUUAGGUAAGUCGACACCAUAACAUUACAUCCAUGAAAAACCACAUAGAUGCCACAUAUUAACACAAAACUAGGCUCUUUGCAUAUAUGAAGUCCCUUAACUUCAGGGUGCUCGUCCCAACGAAUGAAAUUGAAAUUGACAAGCCACAAUUAUUUCGCCUAAGGGAGGUUGAGUCCUGAAGGUUGCCCCGCACUGAACAAAAACGGCAAUAAUACUUACAUUUUUGAUUCAACUAUUUCACAGCGAGCUAGCGAAGCUAGUUUUCUAGCAAUAUUUUAAUUAAACAGAGUUGUAUGAGAGUACAAUUAAUUUUGUACCGCAGAGAAAGGAUAUUCAUUUAAAACUUAAAACACAGCCACUAUUAUAGAAUCAAAUUUGUGACCGAAAAAAUCUCGAAUCCUCAGCCAAAUUUAUGUUGUUUCGUAUAUUUUAUAUUUUCAAGAGUAUUCCAAGAAAGUCAUUUAAUUAUUCAUUUUCUAUCAUCCAAAUACUUGUUUUACAACAUUGAUCUUAACAAGUCCAAGUGUGAUCCAUAUUGGCCAGAUGAAGGUGAGACGACAUUUGGAGAAAUAAGAGUGAGACUUGCUGCUACACAGGUGUUUGCUGAUUAUAUUAUAAGGCGUCUUCAACUUUACAUGGUAAGCUUAUAUGUGACGCUUAGGUAUUUAUUUUAUCAUAAAGAAUACAAAGAUUUACUUUGUAAAGGCUCUAUUUGUAUUGUUUAGUAAGCCGACACAAAAUAUUUCCAAUUAUAUAUUUUUUUUUAUUUAACUUCAAAUAUUUAGACCAAAAAAAAAAAAAAAAAAAAAAGAAAAAUAUAAAUUAUUUGUUUUAAAAAUCCUUGAUGCUUUUUAACGAUUUGUGUUAUGUACCUCCUUAAUCUUAACAUUAAAGAUGAAAAAAAAAAUUUAAAACUAAUAUUAACAAUGUAUUGUUAUAUCAGCAAAUAUAUAUGCAAUAAUGUUAUAUAUCAUAUUAUAUAUCAUAUUAUAUAUACAUAUAUAACGGUGUAAAUUAGCGAGUGGCUUUGUUUGUUUGUUUGUUCCAGCAAGGAUUUUAUGUGGAGUGAUGGCUAUUGAACAAACUAGGCACAUAUAUCCAUCAUGUUCAUCAGAGUUUUUUUUAUUAUAUGAGCUAUAUAAAUAAACUUGUUAACAAAUACUCCUACAUGAAUUAAUGGAUAUUGACCAAACUUAGUAUCCAUACACUUGAUUAUCCACAUUCAAACACAGAAGGGUACUAAACUCAUAAUAUCUAUUCCACUGGGGCUGAGGCCUCAUUUCAUUUUUCCUUACAUACGCUUUAUAAAUAUUAAAAGGCUUAGAAAUCACGAUAUGUUCUAUGUGAGAUGAUGGAUCUAGCCUAGCUCGGUAGUAAUAUAUUUUAUAUUCCUUUUUUGACAUAUAUUGCUACAUCUACAGUGAUUCCCAAUCCAUUCAGUGUUGGUCUAAAAAGUUCGAUAAUUUAAAAAGGCGUUAUUAAAGCUUUUUUAAACCGAUUUAAAUGGGACAAAUGUUAAAUAUUAGAAUUAUUAUUUAUCUGACUUUUAUUUAUAAACCCCAUAUCUCAGGCAAAGCUAAAUCGGUACAGUUAUGGGAUCGGGAUCUCAAUGGGUUCGGUAUACCGACGGAAUCUAAAACUCGUCGUAAUCGUGAUCCCCCUAGGUUCAGGUCAACCGGGAUAGGGACCCAAAAGGGUUCAAAAUACUGACGGGAUGGUACCCACGGGGAUCGGGAUCAGACCAGGAUCGGAAUUCACACGGGAUCGGGAUCCCAACGGAAUGUCACAAAAAAUAUAAUAUUUUUUUUUUAAAUAGGAGACAGAUUUAUUACUAAAUUGUUGUUAUUAGAGCGGAAUGUUUUUCCUCGUGCUUACACUUAAUACUAGGUUGUAGCAGUUCCUAUGUUCCGAAUAAAAUGCCGGGUAUAUCGGCAAGUAUAUAUAUAUAUAUAUAUAUAAAUAUAUAAAUGAGCACCAUUUAAGGAAAUCAUUUUCAAAUGCUCGGAUGCUUACAAACAAUGCAAAUUUUAUAUGUUUACGUAAAUCGAAUACAAAAUAAUAUGAAUUUAUUAUGGGUAAAUGUGUAUAUGUAAUAAAUUAUUAUUUUAAAUUACACACACAUAAAAAAAAAAUUAAAUAAUUGUCUUAUAAUAUUUUCUGAAUCAUAGAGAUGACAUAUUCCUUUUAUCAUCAAACAAUUAUCCUCUAUGACUAACUCUGUAUUUCUAAAUUAUUGUUAUUUAUUUUAAGCAUAUUUGUUCUUGAGGACUCAUAAAACUUUGUGUAUUUUUUAAAUUUUUAAAAUAAAUAAUAGCGACAUCAAAUUAAAACAUAUGUUAAUUUGCCAAAUGACUUCAAACAAUGUUAUAUUAAAAUGUUUCCCUUGAACUAAAGUCCAAUGAAAAUUAGAAUUUUCUGAUAAGAAAUAAAAUUUGCCCUGCCAACAAGUCAUUAAAAAUCAAUAAAAACAAAUUUCUCGUAUAAAUCUUAGUUUCACUUCUGCUUGCUUUCAUGAAAUUGUAUUUUUCUUAUCAUAUGUUAAGAAGCCGUUAUGUAAAUGGGUAAAUUUUAAGCGAAAACACGUUUAAUUUCCUUAACUUUUCUCUAAAAGCAAUAUACUAGCUUUUAUUUGAAUUGCAUAACCAAAAUACGUCACAAAUACAAAGCGAAUAGCAUCAGCUACACAAUUAAUCUCCCCACCAAAACACGCACCUUUUGAACAUAUCAUUAUGAAAAACAGCAAUACCUUUUUUUUAGUUUUGGGCUGGGGCUGGAUAGUAGACAGAAUGUGUUGUCAUCCGUAAUUAGUCUAUUGACCAGGACAUGAAAAAAAUUAUUAUAGUUAAGGGAUUACUUCGGGCUUAAAAUACCGUUAAUGUUUAAAUUAGCGAUUUUUCAUAACUAUUGUGAGGGGGUUGAUUUUGUUUUCCCCACCGAUCAAAAGGUAUACCUUAGAAUCGCGGAGUGCAUUUGAUAAAAUAAUUAACCUUCUUUGGGAAACAUAUUUCAGGGAAGGAAAGAGUGUGUGUUACAUUUUUAUGCGGCUGGCAUUAUCUUUAAAUGGCAUGGUAGGGCAGUCUAGAAAAUGACGUUUAAGAUUUCAAUUUAAAAUCUUUAAAUAUAUGUACAACUGAAUGGCGUUGAGACAUGUUGGUCACAUUUGGAGAGGUAUAAUCAUUUUUCAAACCUAUUGUAAUUUUAAAAAGAGUAGGAGUGGAAAAUGGUUUAUUUGAAACUGAGACGGUGAACAUUUAAUAACGUUUGAGGUGAGGGGCGGGCAAGCAUCAACAAGGAUACACUGAAUGUUUAAUAUAAACAAAUGUAUAGUAAGUAUUUUGUGAGGAAAAAAGGUACAUUUUACGUGUGAAAUAAAAGGGGUGCGAACAUGCGAAUAAUAAUAUCUAAAAAUUCAAAUUAAUUAGUGUAUGGAAGUGAAUAUUUAAUUUUAGAAAACAAAAUGGACAAAUAUUUUUUCCCCUAGAGUUGCAUUUAAGGUACUUGAACAUUUAGGGGUAACUUUACUUUAGAAAUAAGGAUAAACUCGUUUUUUUUCCAUUUGCUAAAUAAAAUUUAUAUCAUUGAAAGGAAUGAGUACUUUUUAUGAAGAAAACUAAUUCACAAUAAUACAAGUUAGAUAUGGACGGAAAAUUAGUUAAGCUAUUUUUCCUUACACACAAAAAAUUAUGUGUUGAAUUUUUCGAACAUUUAUUUUAGGUAAAUUUGCUAAAAGGUGGGCAAUGUUUAAAUUAAGAUUUUAAUAAAUAAAUGAGUUACUUUUACAUAUGUUUAAAAUUGUAUUUAGCUUCUUUCUCAAAAUGUAAAAGCAAAUAUAUUUCUAACAUUUAGAACAUUUUCUCCGUGCAGUCAACUGUGUUUAAAGAGUUGACUUGACAUAUUUUAUACAAUGGAUAAACAAUUCUUAAAAACCAAUAAUGAUAUGAACUUACAAUAAAUUGAUAGAAGAGUCUUGAAAGUAAAGUAAGAUUGAUUUACUAUUUCCUAAAUAUGCAUUUCAAGGUUUGAAAAGAUACUUAAUUUAUUUUUUUUGAGCAUACAAAACAUCAAAAUCCAAUUUAGUUACAAAUAAACAUGAUUUGUAUAUUAUAUGAUGAGGCGUUGCAAUAGGACGUGCAAAGAGGCAAAAUAUUUCUUCCUUUAUUAACCAGGUAACAUCGGGUCAUAUCUCCUAUAUGAAGCAAUACUAUGCUAAAUUAACAAUUGAAUUAACUAACGCAGGACUCCCAGCCAAUGCAUCCAGUGACCCAGUUUCACUUCACAUCCUGGCCAGACAAGGGUGUACCAGAAAACCCCUGGGCUCUAGUGGACUUUGAACAAAGAGUAGCGGCUACUGCAACCAAAAGGCCCAUUGUUGUUCACUGCAGGUGAGUAAACAUAAUUAUUAAUUAAUUUCACAUAACCUUAUGACUUAUCUGAGAUGAAUCUUGGAAAAAACUAAACUACUUAGGGACAAAAAUAGUAUAAUUUUUAAGGAAAAAAAUGAAAAUUUAAAAGAAAUUUCUUUUUGGAUCAAAAUCAUUAUAAAAAAUAAUUAUGUGUAAUGUUUAUAAAGGUGACAACGAAAUUUUAUCAAAAGCAUGGUCAAAUAACGGUUAUUUUAAUUGUUGAGACAAUCAUUUUAAAGUUCAAAAAUAUUUUAGCCCUCAAAGUCUCACUUUUUCCAAACAAUUUUAUUUUACUAUUUCUAAAAUUGUAUUGCAAAUAAUAUAAAUUAAGCUAUGUCUUUGUCAGUGCUGGUGUUGGCCGUACAGGAACAUUCAUAGCUCUACGUAACGUAAUGAGAGAAGCUGAGGAUACACAACAGAUGGAUUUUUUCAAUACCGUGGCCAAACUCAGGCAGGACAGGACGAUGAUGAUACAGACAGCUGUGAGAUAUUUAAUAUUCCUAUUCUUUAUUAGUCGUAUGUACCAAUUCACCAUUGGGCGUUAUUAAUUGUUUCGCAUGAAGCUUAAUAUACACUAAAUAUGUUUUAAAAAUAAAAAAAAUGAAUAGCAGAUAAUCUGGCUGAUUGAAAAAUAUAUUAUUUUGAUACUAGAAUGUUUAAAGAACCGAAAGAUAAAUUUCCUGCUUUUUCGCAAAAUGUAAAUGAAAUAUAAGCGCCAUUCAUAUAAAAUUAAAUAAUAUUAAAUAUAAACGAUCCAUUUUUGGAAGGCUAAUUAAUUGUCUGAACUGUCUAAUAUAAACAAUUUGGAAGAUUCUGAAAUUGAUUUGUUAUAAGAUAUGCAUCUUAAGUAUCUUACUUCAAAAUAAAUAGCAGAAUAAAAUUUAGAAAUAUAGUUAUAGUUUUUCUGGACAAGAUGAUAAUACUAUUUCAGGAACAAUAUGUGUUCUUGCACGAGGCUGCCAAGGUUGCCAUGACCUGUAUAAAUACAACUAUAACAUCCAAUAAUAUUACAGACAGGGUUCGCCAAUUAGAGAAAAAGUCCAUCUCUGGAAAAACUGAAAUGGAAAUAGAGUUCGAUGUAAGUUUUAUUGAUUAAAAUUAUGGAUGAUAAGGGUUUGCAGUGACAAUUUCUAAAAACAAAAUGUCAAUUUUAACAUUUAAAUAUGAACUUUAACAUUUGUCUUUAAUAAGUUAUUUUAUGUUUAAUAUUACCGUUGUGAGAAUUCUCUUGCAUUGUUAUGCAUUUUAAAAAAAUAUCAAUAUCUAAAAUCCAUUAUCAGAUUCAAGUGUCAAGAAAUUAUUUUUAAUUUGUGAACCAUUUUAGUUUAAGCUUUGAAAUUUAAACAUGCUCCAGUCAAAAUUUUACAUCUGCAAGUUUUUUAGUCAUAUAUAGGCUUCAGUCAAUAUAGCAUAGUUGCCAUGUUUGCGUUAUAUAUAGGCAGUAUGCAGUGUGUGUCUGGAGGAAAGUCAGUUUACAGAUGAAGAAGGUUCAGCUGGAAUUAUGUACCAAAACAGUCGAACUGUCUCCAAUAAACUCAAAAACAGAUUUGGUAACAUAUUGCCAAGUAAGUCUGUCAAUUCAUUCUUUAAAUCACAUACACUCAUAUACAAACGAUCUAAAAGCAACCAUAUCUUUCUAGCUUAUAAAAAUAUACCUGUUAACUUAUAUAAAAUGGGAAAAUGGUGUAAUACAUUUCCAUAAUGGUAAUUGCAUUUAUUGUAUUUUCCAUUAGAGGAAAAUUACAGACCUGUACUUAUGUGUGAGUCCAGUGACAUGGGAGAUUACAUCAAUGCUGUGCUAACACCGGUAAUUUGAGAUAAAUGUUUCAAAGUUUAUUGUCCUUCACUGACUUCUGUCAUAAAUAAUUAAUUAAAAUUUAAAGAAAGGUUCAAUCAAUUCUAAAAUGUGUCCUGUUUUAGUCUUUUAAUAUAAAUGCUUUGAGCAAUGUAUUCCAAUAUUUAUCUUCAAUUGUACAGCUCAAGUAUUAAAUAAUAAUUACAGUUUAUUUCCUCACAUUUUUCAGAGUUUCAGACAAAGGAAUCAAGACAUCAUCACACAACUUCCACUCCCAACAACAGUGGUGGACUUCUGGCGUCUCAUUACUCAAUUGAAAAUUUCGUUAGUUGUUGCAUUUGAGGAGCAGUUACAGGCCACAGAUUCAGUAAUAAGAAUUAGAAUGUUACAAUUUAUUUACGUCCAUUGAUCUGCUUAUAUAUGUUUAUAUUAUUAGCCUUGUGUUAUUCAUUAAAUUCACUUUAAAAAAUUAAAUACCUUUUCGUUUCAGUGUAAAAACUUAAUUUCAAGGAAUUUUUUUUUUUUUUAAUUUUAAAAAGCAAACGUCCACCCCAAAUGUUCACAUACUAUUUAUUAUUAUACAAGUAGCCUAAUCAAAUAAGUCCUCUCAGCUCUUAAACAAAACAAAAACAAUACAAAUAAUACAAACAAAUCUAAAUGGCUUAAAUUAAUGUUUUAUACAUUAAUUAUGAAAUAAAGUUCCUCUUAUUUAAACUUUCUCUACCGAUUUUGAUGUUUCUUCUCCAACGACAUGUUCUAAUCAUCCACUGUGAACCCUUGCCACGGGUCUCUUUUUACUACUAUAAGCGUGACUCGGCUCCAUGGUUGACUAAAAUGUAAUUAAAUGCAAUUGUUUGGAGUUAUAUGUACCAAGGAAACACAUUAUUUAUUAAUGUCAACCCUGAUCUUGUACGAAUUCUACAAGUUCCCAUCAUAUACCAAAUAAACUAUUAACAUAAUCAAAUCUAGAUCUUUAAACUUAAUCUACUGCUGUAUCUUAUUAUCCAUGUAGUUUUAGUGGCUAUACUCUAGAUGUCCAAAUUCUAAUCACUUUCAUCCAUCGACAAUAAUUGUAUUGAUCUCUGUUGAAACCUUUUGUAUGCUAGAAACUAUCUUAAAAGUUUCUUUGCAUUGCUCUAUUCUGAUUACCAUUUAGACAAUAGGCGAGUAUCUGCCAACCAGUGACAAAGAAAAAACCAGUUUCCCUCCAUUUCAAGUUUGCAUGGGAACAUUGCAUCAAGGCUCUCACUGGGAAGAGAGGAAGUUGAUUGUUACUGGAUCACAGGUAGAUUAUAAAAAAUUAAUAUAAUUCAAUAUAUUCUGCUGACAUAAUGACAUUUUAAAAUACCCCUUAAUACGGAAUGGUGCUUAGAGCUAUAAAUAACAAAUAUGAAUAAGGUUAAAUAUAUUGCUUAAGAGGGUCGUGAGGAACAAAAGCUGAACUCGGCGCCAGUAUUUCUUUCAGGCAAGCUCUCCGGGAGGGGGGCAUAUUGAAGGUUGUAGUCUCGUGGUGGAAGACGGUGAGUCUCCAGUGAUGUUAGAAGGUGGUUCUCUCAUGGUGGGAGUGGAUGAGUUGCAGUGGUGUUAGAAGGUGGCUCUUUCGUGGCGGGGCAGGGUGGGAUUUCGUUGGUGGGGGAGAAUUUCUACUUUUUUUCUGUGAGUGAGAAGUGGGGGAUAUAUUCAUGAUUUGUUCAAAUGCCUGCAUGUUGCAAGUUAAAUAUUACUUGUGCAGCCAUUGCCAUUUGAUUUAUAUUUUUAUAUGACGUAUUUUAGAUUUGACUUUUUUUUUUUUUGGUUGGUCGUUUGUAUGAGUUUUUGCUUGUAAAGGAGUUGCAGAAAAAUUGUGGAAGUAAGAAGGCACGCUGUUUAGGAAUUAAAAUCAUGUGUAAACUUAGCAUUGGAUUUGUUUACUAAUGACCCGGAUACUUUUUGGCUUCGUCACCGCCACCUUGCAUUCAUUGUUAAUAUUUUAAAAAGUGUUCAUCUAACAGUUUUUAAGACCCUUAAUUAUCCAAAGCCAAUUGCAGCCGUAUCGGUUGCGGGGGAAAUACGAUGGCUCUGAGGUUUUAGGACACAAAGAUGUUUAAUUAGCAUCUCUUUUUACUUUGAUUUCCAAUUAAGUGUAGGGUGUCGGAAACUUAAAUUCAGGUAUGUAUUAAAUGCACUCUUGUAUUUUGAAAUAGUCAAAAGUUGUUUUUUUUUUUUUGGACUUUACAAAUUUAAAGGGAGAGAAUAAGCUGAGGCGAAAGCAUGUGAUAACAUCAAGAUGACGUCUUUCAAAUUUUAUUACAGUUAUAAACUCCUCCAUACAACGUCUCUCCCUAAUUUUGUGUAUUCAGCACAAAUUAUUCCCCUUUGACUGAUGGUUCGCGUGAAUCGCUCGAUAUAACAUCUGAGCAGGGUAUUGGACUACGCAAUAGAUCCCCCCCCCCCCAUCACCAACUUUUUGCCACUUGUGAUGCGUUGUUAGCCUGUGGAGAUCUUAUUACGUAUCUAAAUAUUAUUUCAAUAUAUCUCAGCUAGCACAUGAUAAGCAUUUAGUCAAUGACCAAUUAUAGUAAAUCAACUGUAAAUACAAAGAUAAAAUUUAGAGUUGUUCUUUCCAGAUCGUCAUAACAAAGUUAUUAAAUUAACCUUUUGAUUUCCGAAGCCGGCCAUAGCAUCAUUUUUGUUUCAUUCCUUUUGUUUCAAUACAUUGUUUUACCUUGUAUAAAGUUAUGUUAAAAUAUUUUAAAUGAGUGAUCAUUGUGAUCAGAAUGAAUUUCUUUAUUUUAUUGUAUUGUUUAUUUUAAUCGAUGUUUGACAUACGUCUCUAAACUGAGACAUGUGUUGGCCAUUUUGAGAUUUACUUAUCUAGACUUUAUCCCACAUUGAGAAUGAUGAUGGAGCCACUGGAUGUUUGUUAUCCAAAACUGUUUUUUGGAGAUUAAUACAUUGUUAAAUUCUUUAUUUUUUAAAUGAUUAAUUGUAUAAAUAUAUGAAAAAAUCAUUCGCCACACAUCACAGCUAGCCAUACUUGCUUAAACCGGUUAUAAUGAAGACGAAUAAGGCUAUCCACACAUGGUUAGAGAUAUACUUUAAGAUAUCUUUGGUCAUUAUUAUGGCUAAUUGUGGCGCUUCCUACCCGAAAAUCUGAAAGGCCCCUUAAAACUUUCGGAAAGAAACAUCGAAUUCAAUUAUGCGCUAAUAUGCAUGUUUGCAUUUUUAUUUUAUGACAGUCAUUGACAUCCUCAAUUUCUGUCCAAUUCCAUAAUUUUUCUUCACGCUGAUUAAUAUUACCAUACGGGAUUGUAUCUACUCCACAACCUGAGUGAAUUCAGUUGAGGUAUGACAUUGACGCCAUGAUGCCUCUCCCAUCGCUUACCAAAUGUAUUCCCUCCAUCGAAAGUCCAGGUAAAAUCCAUAAUUCACCUCCUGAUUUCGAAUAAACAAAAUAUUUCUGACGAGAAGACUCCUUAGACAUCUCAGCCAUCCGAGAGAAACCAUCACCGUCGAUUUCAGGCCUGCUACCCGAUAAAAAAAUCUCUAAUUUUGUUGACACUAUAUACACUGCCGAGAGGCGAAGCUAGUAUUCGGGUGGGCCAAUAUUUCAGAAUAAUUUCUCUUAUGAUACAAACGAAGCAGUUGUCUGGAAAUGACGCAAAUCCAUAUAAAGAAAAAACUGACACCUGGAUGGAUCAUCCCAUUCCCCUCAUUUUCUAUAACAUUGGCAGGGGCGUAGUGAGAGUGUUUGGUGCCAUGGCACAAGAAUUAAUUUUAACUCGCACUUCUUACUCUGAAAUCAAUCAUACUUAUCAUCAGCUAAAUACCAACAAAGCCCAUUUGGUGUCACCACUAGUCUUGCGCCCGGGUACGUUUUUCCCUCUUCCCUUCUUAUCUACGCCUCUUACCACUGGUACUGCUGACCCGAAAAUCUGUAAUUCCCCCGCUUCCGGAGGCAAGUGUUUAAAAGAAAAUGGCACUUCAGAGAUUAACACAUUUUUGUAUGACAAAUUUUUGUAUUAAUCUCUAAAGUGCCAUGAAAAAAUUAACUAUUUUAAGGUCUUCCGUUUUUAUUCCCAUCUUUUCCACGUUCCUAGUUCUCACUUAUAGGCAAAACUUUAGUUAUUUAUUAAAUUUCUCAACCAAAAUCUGAAAUCAAUAUAAAAGCUGGGUAUCUUAAUUUACAAAUUACUCUUUACAUUAAUUGUAUGCAAACAUCAUAUGCUUUAUUAAUUGUAUUUUCUUUAAUUGAAACUUUUAUAAAGGGCGCAGAAGAGCACAGCCUCAUUCAUCUCAGAUAUACAGAAAACACCACAGAUCCCAAGAAAUUGUUGUCAUUUCUCAAGCAUGCAAGGACAACUAACCCU